GAAAACCAUAGAGAAAACACUAUGUUUUGAUUAUUGAUCAUAGAGAAAAUUUGUUUGAUUUUGAUCUCCUUUUGAUCAAUCAAUCAUGGAGUGACAAGAGAUUUACUACAACUUCGUAAAAUUUUUUAUAUCAGUAUUUUACUUGGUGAAAUUCACUAAAAAUACCGCCACCUAUUGUGCAAAAUGGAGAAGUCAGCAGAGCCCUCCCCUGAACCAUCUUGCUGGAAGAAACACAAGGACUGGAAAAACCGUUACGCAAAACUAUACGGCAACAAAUGUCGUCCAAACUCCAUAGAAGAGAACGGAGACACUGAGGAGAGCUGGCGUCGCAUCUCGUUUAUGACCAACGAGAACACGCCGUACACAGCGCUGCUGAUGAGAGUGCGUGCCAACCGGCGGGACACUUCCUCCUCCAUUUCGCCCAGUCCCAAGUACCUGACCUCCAUAAUGUCACAACAGAGCGACCUCUACGGCACCUACACGGGCACUGGUAGUAUGCUAUCGCAAGAUGACAUACAGAGAUUGACUCAUGCAAACAGUGGACUAAGUCAUACGUACCGAAGCAGUGUCUUUGAUGACCUGGGAGGGCACGACACAUUGUUACUCGAUAUGGUGCGCGCACGCAGCCGGGAACUGCAAGAGGAAGCAUUGGACCAGCCGCUCGAUUUGAGGAACGAUGAAGAUCUCUCCGAAGAUGAGAUGAGCGAAGCAUGCGUCCACGGGCUGAGCAUGCGCAUGACAGAGCGCAGCGUGUCCCGCUCGCGCGUGUCCCGCACGUCCACACGGCGGGACAUGGACAUACCUUCCAUAUUGGCCUUCACCACCACCACUGCACCUCCGACACACCUAGGGAUACCGGCUUUUACCAAGGCCGAGGCACCACAGCGUGAAGAAAUUCCGCGAUGGUCGAUCCGGCGUUCUGUCUGUCCUGUGUGCUCGCAGAAGUGGAGGGAUAAAAGCUCUAUUUCGAACAUCAAGUAUUCUGGUCUCAAAAGAAACUCUUCUGUUGAGUUGCCAUCUGUUACCGCACCAGCUCGUCUGAGAACAGCUAUCACUAUGGGAUAUGUACCUCGUCCAGCGAUGGCAGCUAUGGAUCGCGAAGCAGGCGUGACAAAUGGUGGGCUACGCAACUCCAGCGCCACCUGGCAGCUGACACGAGCUCGCCGUUUCCGCACCCCCAGACCGCAGCUACCCUCGCCCGAAGCCACCGCGCCUCCCACGGCCGCCGCGCCCCUCGCACAGAGAGACCUCGACAUACGCGUCAAUCGAUUCCUCACUGACAUGAACGUGAAAGCUUGCUAGAAAAAUUAACAAUUUUCCAGUCUGGUCACUGCACGAUUCGUAACACUGAUGGUUAAAUUAGCCUCUUGAAACUAGUACCUACUUUACUAAACUGUAGCUACUUUUAUAUAAUAUACUUAAAUGUCCC